GCGAGGGCUGCGGCAGGGCCCGGCCGCAGCGGCGCCGAACAAAGAGCCCGGGCGCGUUGCGCCGCCGCGGGCGAGCGGGGAGCCGGUGGGAGGCGGGUGCUGGGAGCCUCCGCCGGUCCCCCCGCCCGGGGGAGGCGCCAGGCGCUCAAAGGGGACCGGCCCGCCGGGGAUUGGCUCGGGUGGGUGUGAGCCGAAGGUGCCGGGGAGGCCAUCUGCAGCGCGGGGGGAGGGGGUUCUCCCUUGCCCUUCCCUCUCCUUUUUUUUCCCCUUCUUUUUCACGGGAUGAUGGCCACGGCCGCCGGGCCGUGAUGUCCCCGUCAGCAGCCCCUGCGCCGCAAUGCCGCUCGCAGCAGCCCUAGCGAGGGGAGGAGGUGUUUAAGCGGCGGCCGCACGUCCUCCCGCGCCGCCGCCGCCGCCGCCGCCUCCCUGCCCGCCGCCCCUGCGCCCGGAGCCGAGCGGCGCGGAGGGGUCCCCGCCCGCGCGGCGCCGCCCCCCCGCCCACCGCCGGGGCUUCAGAAUAAAGAUAGAGAGAUAGAUAUAAAAUAGCGGCAGGAGGCACUGCGGCCGCGCGCAACAUGGCCACUCUGCUGCGGAAAAUCGGGCUGAUCCGGCUACACAACCGGGACACGGAGGACCCCAAGCACCACCACCGCAGCAGCCAGCAGGGCUCCUCGCUCCGCGGCCGGGGCGGCCCGAAGAACGGCAGCAACAAGCCCCAGCCGCAGGGCCCCCACGGCGGCGGCGGCUGCAGCAGCAGCAGCAGCGAGAGCAGCCCCGGCGGCCGCAAGACGAAGAAGGCGCCGGAGCCGGCCAAGCAGCCCCCGCCGCCGCGUUCGGGCGGCGGCCGGGAGAAGCCGCGGGAGGCGGCCCGGGAGCCCGGCGCGGGCAGGGAGGCGGCCCCGCAGCGACCCGGCUGCAGCUCCGGGCCGGGCUCGGCGCCGUUGGUGCCGCUGGCGUCGGGCUCGGGGCCGCUGGCGCCCGCGGGCCGGCAGCAGCACUGCACGCAGGUGCGGACCCGGCGGCUGAUGAAGGAGCUGCAGGACAUCGCGCGGCUCAGCGACCGCUUCAUCUCGGUGGAGCUGGUGGACGAGAGCCUCUUCGACUGGAACGUGAAGCUGCACCAGGUGGACAAGGACUCGGUGCUGUGGCAGGACAUGAAGGAGACCAACACGGAGUACAUCCUACUCAACCUCACCUUCCCCGACAACUUCCCCUUCUCGCCGCCCUUCAUGAGGGUGCUCAGCCCGCGCCUGGAGAACGGCUACGUGCUGGACGGCGGUGCCAUCUGCAUGGAGCUGCUCACUCCCCGCGGCUGGUCCAGCGCCUACACCGUGGAGGCCGUCAUGAGGCAGUUCGCCGCCAGCCUGGUCAAGGGGCAGGGCCGUAUCUGCAGAAAAGCUGGCAAAUCAAAAAAGUCGUUCAGUCGAAAGGAAGCUGAAGCAACAUUUAAGAGUUUGGUGAAGACCCAUGAAAAAUAUGGGUGGGUCACUCCACCCGUCUCUGAUGGCUGAUGUUAGCAACCCGCACUUAACACAAAUGCUGAACAAAAGUACUGUGACAUCUCCUCAGUGCUGUACACCGCCCAUCCUUUUCUACUUCAGCUUCAGUUACAUACCAUGAAUGUCAAGGAGACAUCUAAGUUAUUUAUGAACAGAUGUGUUUACAGAGGGAGAGGAAAAAAAGAUGCUGUUUAGGAUUAUGUUUCAAGACUGGAGAAUGGUCGUCAUUGAAGUCACUUGAGAGGAUAUUGAGAUUGCAUCAUUUGCCCCCAUACAGCCCACAUUGUCUUCAGCUUCUUUCCAUGACAGCAGCACCAAACAGCAGUACUGGAAAGUCUAUCCAUUACUGCUCAGUUCAUUUAAAUGUAAAUGAAACAGUUAAUAUUUAAUAGGGAAGCAGUGCAUUGCAGGUACAUGUUUGCUGUGCUGUUUAUCUUUGUCUCCUAGCAGGUCAACAUAACUUGAAGAUUUGUCUUUAUGUGGAACUGUGGUCUGCUGUGACUAAAUUUAGACCUCAUUUGUGCUCUAUAUAUGACCUUUAAUUCAUAAAUGAAACCAGAAUUAAAAUGCUGAAAGGUUCUAGUGUUGACAAAUUAUUAAGUGGAAUCACCCAACCAGUUACAAUGUGCUGUCUAUGCUGAUACUGUGAUGUGCUGUUCAGAAAUAAAGCAGUGCAGUUAGCUGAAGGUUAGGUGGCUUUUUUAAACACAUCCACACCAGGGUUCGGAGUGGUUGGUGGUAGCAGAAGCAUAAUUACCUUAGCAGAACCUUCUGCAGUCGCAUGUGGCCCCUCAGUUCUUCAAAACGGCAAAACAAACAAGUGGAAAUGGACAAAGCAACCUUAAAAAUUGUCUGCUUACUUUUAAACUGAUAUGCCAGUAACGGAGUAAAAAUUUUUGAAGCAAAUGAAACAUGGUUUGUAAGAUGAUUUGCAUGACUGGAUUUUUCUUUUUUCUUUCUACUCAAUAGACAUUGUAUGUACUUAGAGCCCAGUAUCUGAGAAAACCCACUGAUGUAUAUAAGUGUCCUAUUAUUUAAUCAUUAAGAUUUAAGUUUUCUGGUAAACAAAUGGAAAAACUUCCUUAGGGGACUCCAUAAGCUGAAGGUAAUGUUUAGAAUGGUAUAAGAAAAGCAUUAAAAAUGUGGAUUCUGAAUGGAAAAUCAUAUUGGACACAUGCUGAAUAAAAUCACCAGUAUCAUU